AUGCAUGUGGCAGGCGACGAGUCCCUGUCAGUCCCCGACUUUCUGGAGGACGGUGACAGCAACGGGCCCUUCCCGCUGGAGGACCCCGAGGCCACCAGCUCCCCACUGCUGCCGUCAGAACCAGCCACCGCCGCCGAGCUGCUGCCAGGUGAGGAGGAGGAAGAAGAGGCUGAAGAUGGCAGCGGGGAGGCCACCCCGCGUCCCUACCGCUGUGGUGAGUGCGGCAAAGCCUUCGCCCAGAGCUCCAACCUCCUGAAGCACCGGCGAGUGCACACGGGCGAGCGGCCCUACCGCUGCGGGGAAUGCGGCAAGGCUUUCGGCUGGAGCUCGUCCCUGCUGGAGCACCGCAAGGGCCAUGCUGGGGCCAAGCCCCACGCCUGUGGCGAGUGCGGCAAAGCCUUCAGCCGAGGGUCCACCCUCCUGGAGCACCAGCGGACCCACACCGGCGAGAAACCCUUCCGCUGUGGACAGUGCGGCGCCCGCUUCAGCCAGAGCUCUACCUUGGUCCACCACCGGCGGACACACACCGGCGAGCGGCCCUACGGCUGCCCUGAAUGCGGCCGGGCUUUCGGUCGUAAGUCCACCCUGGCCACCCACCGGCGGACCCACACCGGCGAGCGACCCUACGGCUGCCCUGAAUGCAGCCGUCGCUUCGCCCGCAGCCCCGACCUUGGCCAGGACCCCUCCGACUUGGCCAAGCACCGGCGGGGGGCUCACGGCGGGCACCGGUGCCGGGACUGCGGCGAGCAGUUCCCCCGGCCAGCAGCAUUGGCGGGACACCGGAAGAAACAUCAUGGCGGUGACGGCAAGGAUCAGGGUGACGCUGCCGAGGACCGCGAUGGUGAUGACCGUGAUGACGACCGGCCGCACCGCUGCGAGGAGUGCGGCCAGGCCUUCCGGCAUGGUGGCACCUUGCUCCUCCACCGUCAGACCCACGCUGGUGCCUUCGCCUGCCCACUCUGCCCUGAGCGUUUUGAGGGCAGCGCCCAGCUGGCCCGGCACCGCCGGCGACGGCACGGUCCGGUAGCCAAGCCCUACCGCUGUGAGGCUUGCGGCAAAGCCUAUGCCCAGCCAGCCGGCCUGCGGCACCAGCUGGGAUGUCCCCACUGCGGAGCCGCCUUCCUCUGGAGCUGCCGGUUGGCCCGGCACCUCCGGGCUUGCCGGCCGCCUGCCAAGCCCUACAAGUGCCCGGAGUGCGGCAAAGCCUUCGGGCAGAGCUCCAAGCUGCUCCGGCACCAGGUGACCCACACUGGCGAGAAACCCUACAAGUGCCCCGAGUGCGGCAAGAUCUUCAGCCAGAGCUCUAACCUGGCUGAGCACCGGCGGACCCACGGGGCGGGCGAGCGGCACUUCUGCCCGCUCUGUGGCAAGGGCUUCGCCCUCGGCUCCUACUUGGCCAAGCACCGGUUGACCCACACCGGCGAGCGGCCCUACCGCUGCACCGAGUGCGGGAAGGCGUUCCGGCAGAGCUCCAACCUCAUCCAGCACCAGCGGACCCACACCGGCGAGCGACCCUACACCUGUGGGCUCUGCGGCAAGAGCUUCUGCCAAAACUCCCACCUGGCCAAGCACCGGCGCACCCACACCGGUGAGCGGCCCUACCGCUGUGGGGAUUGCGGCAAGAGCUUCCGGCAGAGCGCCAACCUCCUGGAGCACCGGCACACCCACACCGGCGAGCGGCCCUACCGCUGCGCCCAGUGCGGCAAGACCUUCGGGUGGAGCUCGGCUUUCAGCAAGCACCAGCGCACCCACCUCGGCGGCAGGACGCCGCCGAAGCCCUACCGCUGCACUGAGUGCGGGAAGACCUUCGGGCAGAGCUCCAACCUGAUUGAGCACCAGCGGACCCACACGGGCGAGCGACCCUUCACCUGCGGCCAAUGCGAGAAGAGCUUCAGCCGGAGCUCCACCUUGGCUGAGCACCUCCGGACCCACACCGGCGAGAAGCCCUACGCCUGCCCCAUCUGCGCCCGCGCCUUCAGCCGCAGCUCCACCUUGACCGAGCAUCGCCGCACCCACACCGGCGAGACGCCCUACGCCUGCCCCGAGUGCGGGAAGACCUUCGGACGGACCUCCAACCUGGUCAAGCAUCUCCGGACCCACACCGGGGAGAAACCCUACGGCUGCGGGCGCUGCGGGAAGACCUUCAGCCUCAGCUCCAACCUGGUCAAGCACGAGAGGACCCACACGGGGGAGAAGCCCUUCUCCUGCGGGCAAUGUGGGAAGCGCUUCAAGAAGAAGACUCACUUGGCAUCCCACCAACGGACCCACACCGGCGAGCGGCCCUACCGGUGCGGGGAGUGCGGGAAGGCCUUCGGGCAGAGCUCCACGCUCAUCGAGCACCAGAGGACCCACACGGGCGAGCGACCCUUCCGCUGCGGCGCCUGCGGCAAGAGCUUCUGCGUCAGCUCCAACCUGGUCAAGCACCAACGCAUCCACACCGGCGAGAAGCCCUAUGGCUGCGGGCACUGUGGCAAGCGCUUCCGCUACAAGCCCCAGUUCACCCGUCACCUGAAGGUCCACCCCGAUGGGGACCCGGCGUGUGGCCCGUAG